AAAGCCUGCUCCGCCGAGGCUCCGUCGUGUCCAGCGCUCCGUACGAACGCGACCACGGCCACGGUGUGAUGGAGACGUGCGUUUAGGUUCAUGUGUCCGGCGGGACUGCCCCUGGCUCUUUUUUUUCUGGGGAAGAUCAUAUUGGAUCAUAUUGUUUGCAGGACGUUGUUCCUCCUGCAGCCCCCCCAGUCUAUCCCGACGUAGUUGUGAAUUGAACAUGGCGACUGUACCAGUAUAUUGCAUCUGCAGAUUACCUUACGACGUAACCCAGUUUAUGAUCGAGUGCGACGCCUGCAAGGACUGGUUCCACGGCAGCUGUGUUGGGGUGGAUGAAGAUGACGCUCCAGAUAUCGACAUAUAUCACUGUCCGAACUGUGAGAAGACACAUGGUAAAUCCACAUUGAAAAAGAAAAAGAACUGGAGCAAACAUGACACGGGGCAAAGCACAGAUAUCAAAGCGGUUCAGAACGGCAGUCAGGUUUUCAUUAAGGAGCUUCGCAGUAGGACUUUUCCAAGUGCGGAUGAUGUGGUGGUGAAGCUGAGCGGGGGUCAGCUGACCAUGGAUUAUCUGGAGGAGAACGGCUUCAACGAGCCCAUCCUGGUUCAGAAGAAGGAUGGUCUGGCCUUGUCCAUGCCAGCCCCCACCUUCUACAUCAGCGACGUGGAGAACUACGUUGGUCCUGAUGUCAGCGUGGACGUCGUUGACGUCACCAAACAGACGGACAGCAAGAUGAAGCUCAAGGAGUUUGUCGAUUACUACUACAGUACAAACAGGAAGAAAGUUUUAAACGUUAUUAACCUGGAGUUCUCUGAAACAAGGAUGAACAGUAUAGUGGAAAGUCCACAGAUUGUACGCCGGUUGUCUUGGGUAGAGAACUACUGGCCUGAUGACGCUCUGCUGGGGAAGCCUAAAGUCACCAAAUACUGUCUCAUCUGUGUCAAAGACAGCUACACGGACUUUCACAUCGAGUGUGGCGGCGCUUCUGUGUGGUAUCACGUCCUAAAGGGAGAGAAAAUCUUCUUCCUCAUCAAGCCCACGUCUGCCAACCUCUCUCUGUACGAGCGCUGGAGAUCAUCGUCCAAUCACAGCGAGAUGUUCUUCGCCGACCAGGUGGACAAGUGUUACAAGUGCACUCUGAAGCAAGGCCAGACACUUUUUAUCCCAUCAGGUUGGAUCAAUGCAAUACUGACGCCGGUCGACUGCCUGGCGUUCUCUGGACACUUUGUUCACAAUCUGAGCGUGGAGAUGCAGAUGAGAGCGUAUGAAGUUGAGAAGCGGCUAAAGGUCAAAACUCUCACCCCAUUCCCAAACUUUGAGACGGCGUGCUGGUAUGUGGGACGGCACCUCCUGGAGCGAUUCAAAGGUUUACACAAAGCAAAUAAGCAACCAGCUCCGUAUCUGAUACACGGUGCCAAAAUUAUCAAUGGAGCCUUCAGAGCUUGGACAAAGAAACAGGCCCUGUUGGAACAUGAAGACGAGCUUCCAGAGAACAUGAAACCAUCACAGCUAAUUAAGGAUCUUGCCAAAGAGAUCAGACUGUCGGAGACUGCAACGAAAGCCAUUAAGAGUGAGCCCAGCAUCAAGGUGCCUGUAGAGGAACCACCCUCCACCCACUCUGAGCCUGAGGAGCCCGUUUCCCCGGCACAUGUCCCCUCGCCGAGCAGGGAGAGGCCCAGGAAGAAGGUUUCCAAACCGCCCAAACCUCCCAAACCUCCAAAGAUGCCCAAGGCCCCCAAACCCCCCAAGGUGCCGAAGGUCAAAGAAGGAGGAAAGAAGAAAGCAAAGAGGGUGAAAGAGUCAUCACCGCCCCCCAAACCCUCCAGCUUUGCAGCUCUCGAGUCGCAUGCAAAGGACAUCUUGAGUAAAAUGGAUCAAUCAAAGAAGACAAAGGCUGUUAAGAAUGUCUUGAGUAUGUCAGAGAAGGAGGUGUCAAAGCAGAACAACAUGGACAAGUUUGAAAUCAGGGAGCAGAAUAAAAACAAGACGGAAGCUAAGUGGAAGUAUAAGAAUAGCAAACCAGACUCCCUGCUGAAAAUGGAGGAGGAGUGUAAAUUUGACAGAACACCACUUUCAAGCAAUAAAGACAGAUUCAGCUUCACCAUGUCCCACAAGAAAAUGCUUGGAUCCAAGAUGUUGAAACCUCAGACCAAUUCAAGUGUUUUUGGAUCGUUGCAAAACCUAAAGGAAGACAAAACCAAACCAGUGAGAGACGAGUACGAGUACGUUUCCGAUGAGGGGGAGCUGAAGAUUGACGAAUUCCCCAUCCGACGGAAAAAGAACACAGUAAAGAGAGAUCUGUCCUUUUUGUCAGACAUCAGAGAACCCAUUCAGCCAGCCAAGAAAACUAAGUUCCAGCCAAUGGUGACCAAGAGUGUGGACUCCUCAGAUGAAGAGACUCUGCACAUAGAUACAGAGGCCAAGCCUGAGGUCAAAGGUCGCAACUCCAAGGUGAAGAAAAAGAGCAGCAACUCGGCUGGGAUUCUAGACCUGCUCCAGGCCAGCAAGCAAGUGGGAGGGAUAGACUACAGCAACAGUCAGCCACCUGCAUCUCCCAGCACACAGGAGGCCAUUCAGGGCAUGCUGUCCAUGGCUAACCUGUCGUCUUCAGACAGCUUGCAGCAGCCGUGGAGCAACAGCCAGUCGAAAAACAACAGCCAGUCAAAGAGCAACUCACACAGCACGCAGGGCGGCAAGAAGACCGGCGGAGGGGGGGGAGGCGGCAACAACAGCAAGAGGCCCAGCAAGCGUCUCCCCAAGAAACCCAGGAAGAGCAGCAGCGUUGAAAGUCUGGACUACGAUGACGAGCAGGAUCACAUGGAUGCAUGCUUUAAGGACUCCGAUUACGUUUACCCGUCGUUGGAGUCGGAGGAGGAUAAUCCUGUUUUUAAAUCCAGAUCAAAAAAACGGAAAAGCAGUGAUGACACUCCGUACAGCCCCACAGCCCGUGUUGGACCCUCAGUUCCUAGACAGGAGCGUCCGUCAAGAGAAGGAGCCCGAGUGGCAUCAAUAGAAACGGGCCUGGCUGCAGCUGCAGCAAAGCUUUCUCACCAGGAGGAGCAACAGAAAACCAAGAAAAAGAAGAAAAGCACCAAAAAGAAGGCGAUAGUGAUCGAGGAGCCCCCAAAAAUCUCUCAGGACAGUAGCUCGCUGGAGCACAAUCUGGACUCCCAAGACGGCAGCCUGACUGACCACGAGUUCAGCACCGGGACCGUCAAGUCGCCAGCGGGCCCGCAGCCCAUGGCCCCGGGCGUGUUCCUCAGCCAGAGGCGGCCGUCUAUGUCGUCUCCCAACAACAGCACCAACUCCACUAGCACCAACAGCAGCAGCAUCGCAAAGGGAGACCGGUCGGGGUCAGCGGACGCCAAAGCGAAACGGCUAAAGAAAGGCAUGGCGACGGCCAAACAGAGACUCGGAAAGAUUUUAAAGAUCCAUCGAAACGGGAAGCUUCUCCUGUAGCAUGCAGUGGACUGUUGUAGGACUGGGUCCCUCCCCCCACCCCCAUUCACUGAUCAAAGCCUACAAUGGGAAAAAAACUCAAACGAAAUGCGAGAAGAGAUCAUGCAUUUUUCAAUUUCUAAGAAGAACAUCACUCAAAUAGGUUUUUGCCUCUACUUAUACUUUAUAACUUUCAGAUAUUAAAGUGUACAGAACCUACUAUAAAUAUUUUUUAAGAGAACAUGUCUCAUUUUACUACAGCUGUCAGUUUAUCAGGGGUCACUUAAAGGUCACGUAGAAAUACAUUGCAGUCAUUCCAAGAGUUUGAAGGUAUCCCUUGCAUGUAUUCAGUUGCAUGUGCGCUUGGGUUGGGGUCGGGGGAUUUUACAUGUUAAUUCCUGCUAUAUGGAUGCAGCUUAUCAUUGGCGUGGCCAGUUAAAGCCGCCUCUUUCCUGCCUUCUCCAGCCAAGAUUCUCCAUGAAUCAUAGAGCAUGAUGACUUGAUUGGUGCGUUUUAUCUGGUUAUGUUAACACUUUGCAGAGCACCAUCAUGUUUAUUUGUUCACGCCGAGUCAAAGAUUGGAAUAAAACGUCGUAAUGGAAUAACUGCAAAGCACAAGAAGAGAAUCACAAGGAAAGUGUCCAGAUGUUUGGAGUUAGUGGACGGUGUGUGACACGACGUGGGACCUGGAGCUGAUGAUAAGCCUCAUCCAUGUCUGGUCUGCAAUUACAUGGGGAUACUUUCUCUCUUCUUUUGCUUUCACAGGCAGCACCAACUUCAUCUCUGCAUCUUUACAGCUUGACACAGUACAGUAUAUAGAAUGUAGCUUGUAAAUAGACUUUUAAAUUAAUACCUUUUGUAUUCUUUCCCAUUUAAGCUGAAUAAGCUUAAUUCUACAUUUUUACCAGUUUUGCUAAUGAUGAAUAAAUAAAUAAAAAUAUAUAUAUGGUUAUACAAUAUAGUUCUCAUUUUUUUGAAUUAAAGUGUUUUUGUUCGAUUUUGUUUUGUUUUCUAAUAGCAAAUAUACAAUUUAGUUCCCCUUAAAUUUAAAGGUGUUGCCUGGAAAACAACUGAAGAAGUAACACAUUUUAUUGUCAUAUGGCCUUACAUGCACAAAGCUAAUUGUAUUGUGAUUUUGUUUUGAACAAGACACGAAGCUUUGAGGAAAAUUAUAUAAAAGUUAGAAAGAAAAAAAAAAACACUUGAAGUUUCUAUGACCAGCCUCUUGUUCCAGUUAUAGUAUCCUGAAGAAUUAUUUUACUAGCACCUUGUGAAGUGUUUAUGUGUCAGUGAUGUAAUUUAUUAAUGUUUGUAGCUUUUUAUACUUGUACAAUUCUUAAGAGCUUUUGUUUUUGGAUAUUCCAUCAACUUGUAAAAUGGCCCCCAGCAGAUGAAUUUUUUUCUGCCUUGUGCAGGGGCAUGUGUGUAUGUGACACCACGAACAUUUCUCACACACACACACACACACACACACACACACACACACACACACACACACACACACACACACACACACACACACACACACACACACACUUGUUUCUCCAUCUCAUCUUCACUCAAUGUUAAUGUUAUCAUGGAAGGCAUUUCCAGUGUGACAUAUUAUCUUUAUUGUUAAUACUCUAGUUAUGAGCAGCUUCAUCCAUGCCUCCUCCCUCUCUCACAGCGUUUCUUCAGUUUCACCAUGUGCUGUACUAUAUAGCAGCAGUGUGACCAUGCAAAAUGAGACGAUCAAGCUCUGUGGACACAUUUUCAGGUUUUUUAUUUGUACAAUAUGUGUGUUGCUUUGUUGUGGUUUAUUUUUGUAUGUCCGGCCUAUUAAAUGCAUCCACUGUGCCAGGACAGUGAAUGAUCCCUGUUGUAGCUGUCUUCCCUCACUGUUAUCUACAGUACUAGUAAGUAUUUACAAUCCUUUUUGACCUGAAUCUAUAUUUUUCUGUAUGUAGACGAUUCUGUUUGGUCAUCGCUCACUUUUUUAAGACAUGGGGAAACGGCUAACUCUGAGGAACAAACAUAUUGUUGUUGAAUGAUAUGAUUGUCCGCCUUGUUUACUUGGCAAUACAGUUACUGUGGAAAACCUA